AUGGACAUGUACAAUGACAGCCCUCCAAUAGGUCCCACUAUAACAGGAUCUACUGAACAGCCAACAGGACCCACACCUGAUACCACCACAUCUGAGAAGAACAUGUAUAAUAACAGCCCUCCAAUAGGUCUCACCACAACAGGAUCUACUAAACAGCAAACAGGACCCACACCUGUACUUGCUGGAAACCCUCCAAUAGGUCCCACCACAAUAGGAUCUACUGAACAGCAAACAGGACCCACACCUGUACUUGCUGGAAAGUCCACCACAACAGGUUCUACUAAGAAGCAAAAAGAACCCACACAUGUGGUUGCUGAAAAGCCCUCUACUGAGAAGGAAACAAAUCCUACCAAUGCUGCUGAUUCCACCACAGCUGAGAACCCUGUUUCCACUGAGAAGAAACAGAUUCCUGCCAUAGGUUCCACCUCUGCUGACAAACCGCCUGUUCUUGAAAAUGAGGCAAUUCCAACCAAUAAUGAGAUACCGCCUGUUCUUGAAAAUGAGGCAAUUCCAACCAAUACUGAGAUCCCUCCUUCGACUGAGAAAGAACAGAUUCCUACUGAUUCAAGCACCACCAGAACUACUGAUAAGCCCCCAAUACCUGAAACUGAAGAAAUUCCUAACACUCCUGAGAUGCUCCCUAAUACUGACUCUGAACCUAUUCCAACAAAUACCGAGAUACCAAUUUCACAACCAACAUCAACACCUCCCAGUCCUGAAAAAAUACCUGCAGAAGAUGAAACAGAAGAUGAUGAAGAGGUUCCAAUUGGUGUGUUGAGGGCCAGGGCAAGGAAAAGUGCCCAAGCCACCCACCCCAGUAAGAGAAGAAAAAUUACAGAGGCUUCUACGACUUCCAAGGCUGCCAAGGGCAAGGCCCCACUUGAAGCAGAUCCCACAAAGCCUGGGAAGAGGAAAGCCCCAGAGCAGGCCUUGAAAAUCAAAAUUGGCAAGGGCAAGGCAAAGCUACAAUUGAGAGUUCACCUCCCAAAGAAAAGAAGGCUGCUAAGUCUAGUUUCUGUGAGUCUGCAUCUACAUUCCUUCUGCAUGUACAUUAGAGAUGAAAAGGUUGAUCGCUUACUAAUCCUGAAUUCAGCCUGA